ACAUUUUGUGUCAAUUCAGCAGAAAGUGAAAACUAUUGUAGCAUUCUUCAAGAGAAGCUGCAAGGCAACAGAAAGACUGCUGACAUACCAACAAAAUAAUGGGGCAGGUCAUGUUAAAAAACUGGUGCAGGAGGUGCCAACAAGGUGGAACUCUACUCUGUAUAUGUUGGAGCGAAUAGUUGAAAUUAAAGAUGCAGUGAAGACUUCACUUGUACUAUUCACAGUUGAUUUUGAACAACUUACCGACGAGGAAUGGAACAUCUGCUCAGAACUCUGCUCUGUGUUGAAGCCAUUUGCACAGGUUUCAACACAGCUUAGUGCUGAGUCAUAUCCUACUGGCAGCCAAGUUAUUGUUCUGACAAGGGGAUUAUUAUCAAUGUGUGCAGAACUUUUGAAACGGCCAUUUAACAGUGUGACAAGGACUAUCAUUGAAGAAUUAACAAAAGGCCUGAAGGACCGUUUCCACAAUGUAGAGAUGAGCAAAUCUAUAGGAGUAGCCACUCUACUAGAUCCACGGUUUAAAUCUCUUGUGUUUGAAAGCCGAGUUGCAGCAGAUAAUGCAAAGAAACAGCUUAUUGAACUAGUAGCACAAAAGAUGGGUGACAGAAGACUGACAAACACAGGCCAGAGCCAUGAAACUGUGUCAACUUCAACCACCACUGAUCCCUUGUCAGUAUGGGGUGUCUAUGAUGCAAUUGUAAAAUCAACACAGCCCCAGGGCACUCCUCAGUCAGCUGCUAUUGUGGAAGUACAAAGUAGUGGAUUCGAGAGGCACACCAACACCAGCAGAUGAGUCUCAGUUUAAUACUUGGGAUAUUAUAACAGUAAGUUAUAGCUCCAGAAGUCAGUCACCAGCAGCAGAUGUCACACAGUUAUAAAAUGGGAAACUUGAAGAAUAAGCUCCAGAAGUCAGUCACCAGCAGCAGAUGUCACACAGUUAUAAAAUGGGAAACUUGAAGAA